GCACGGCGCAAACUUCCUCUUACCAGUCCAGUGCGCUGCGCCGCGUCCGCAUCUUCAGCCGCAAGCCGACAGAGACACAACUUCUGCGAGGCGAUGGAGCCGGCGGAAAAGAAAUGAGGAUUAUGCUUUUUACGGUCAGAAGAGUCUAGAAGAGCAUCUAUACGAGCGCAAGAGUAACUGUGGAAGUGUGUUGAAACCAGAAGCAACCAUGGGCUGUGUGGGCUCGAAGAAGGAGCAGGAGCCUAUGGGCAAAGGGACGGACGACGGCGACCAGCAGAGCCACACACUGACCACCCACUACGUCAAAGACCCUACCGUAGGAAUCCCUGGGAGCAAACCUAAAAAUAUGGCAUCCAGUAACUCUUCAGGUGGCGCCGUAGGUGAGAGCAUCGCCAUGGCGCUGUACGACUACGAAGCCAUCCACGAGGGCGACCUUGGCUUCAAGAAGGGAGAUAAGCUCCGAAUCCUAACAGAAUCGGGGGAGUGGUGGAAAGCUAAGUUAAUUAGUUCGGGUCAGGAGGGCUUCAUCCCCAGUAAUUAUGUGGCCAAAGAUACUCUGGAGGCUGAGGAGUGGUUCUUUAAGGGCGUGAGCAGGAAAGAUGCGGAGAGGCAGCUGCUGGCCCCGGGGAACAGAGCGGGAUCCUUCAUGAUCCGAGACAGCGAGACCACCAGGGGCAGCUACUCCUUGUCUGUGAGGGAUGGCGAUCCCCAGUCCGGGGACACGGUCAAACACUACAAGAUACGUACGCUGGACAACGGAGGAUUCUACAUCUCUCCGCGCAACACCUUCACCACCCUGCAGGAGCUGGUCACCCAUUACAAGAAGCAGGGAGAUGGCCUCUGCCAAAACCUCACCAGCCCGUGCUUGAGCCCCAAACCGGAGAAGCCAUGGGAGAAAGACGCCUGGGAAAUCCCGAGAUCCUCACUCAAAAUGGACAAGAAGCUUGGUGCCGGCCAGUUUGGAGAAGUCUGGAUGGCUACAUACAACAAGCACACCAAAGUGGCAGUGAAGACCAUGAAGCCUGGCACCAUGUCAGUAGAAGCCUUCAUGGGCGAGGCCAACCUGAUGAAGACUCUGCAGCAUGACAAACUGGUCCGUCUCAAUGCUGUGGUCACCAAGGAGGAGCCCAUCUAUAUCAUCACUGAGUACAUGGAGAAAGGGAGUUUAUUGGACUUCCUGAAGAGUGAUGAGGGCAACCGCCUUCAGCUGCCAAAGCUCAUCGACUUCUCUGCCCAAACCGCAGAGGGUAUGGCCUACAUCGAGCAGAGGAAUUACAUCCACCGAGACUUGAGAGCUGCCAACAUCCUGGUCAACAAGGCUUUGGUUUGCAAAAUCGCAGACUUUGGCCUAGCUCGCAUCAUUGAGGACAACGAGUACACGGCCAGGGAAGGAGCCAAGUUUCCCAUAAAAUGGACAGCCCCGGAGGCCAUCAAUUAUGGCUCUUUCACCAUCAAAUCUGACGUCUGGUCCUUUGGCGUCUUGCUGACUGAGAUUAUCAGCUAUGGACGUACACCAUACCCAGGGAUGACCAACCCGGAGGUGAUCCGUGCCCUGGAGAAGGGCUACCGGAUGCAGCGCCAGGAGAGCUGUCCCACCGAACUCUAUGACAUCAUGCUGGAGUGCUGGAAGAAUAAGCCCGAGGACCGCCCCACUUUUGAUUACCUGCAGAGUGUCCUGGAGGAUUUCUACACCGCCACAGAGAGCCAGUACCAGCAGCAGCCAUGAGGCUGAACGUCCACUGUCUUACUCUUAUAUGCUGUUCCUUUCAUACUUAACAGUGAGUCCAGUUUCUACAUGCAGUAGUGCAAUUCAGAGCACACAUACUCACAUCAUGCAUGCUCUAUUUUUACCAAUCUCUCUCUCUCUCUCUAUCUAUCUCUCUCUCUCCAUCUCAUUCACACACAUGUAAUGUUUUGUAACAAAGGUUUCACAAAAUUAACUAUAUGUUAUAGGAAGCUAGGCAUCACUUAUCCUAACAUGUUUUAUAUUUCAUUGGGUCUCCUUACUUUGAAUGACAUUUUUAAGUGAUAAAACCACACAAGAGAAAGGAACGCAAUAUAUUGAAGCAAUGUUAACCUUUUAUUUAAUGUACAAGCUUAAAGUUAUAAGCCCGCUUAACUAUUUGUAAGGCUUUAUUGCAAGGAUCAUAAUAUAUUACAAGUAUUAUAUAAUGACUUAUAAUAUCAGGUAUCAUAAUACUUUAUAAUUACUGUUCACUCACUGAAAUGUUUUUAGCAAAGACCAUGUGUAUUAUUAUUGCCAUGUUGGUCACCAUUAUAAUAUUUUUAUAAUGCAUGAUAAUAGCUGUUUUAAUACAUUACAACCACUGCUAGCAUGCGGAGUAUCAAUAUUACAAUGCAAUCAUUAUUAUUAGAUUAUAUGUUGGUGAACAUUGUUUGCUUUACGUAAAGAAAAAGUGAGGGAUAAAAAUAUAUCAUUAAAUCUAUGCAAGACAACACAGAAAGCAUUGUAUUAAUGUAUUAUUAUUAUUAUUAUUUUUGCUUCACUUGAAGCACACAAUAACCCCUUUACACAUCAUGGACAGGCUGCUCAAAGUGAAAACGUUUUCAUAAACCAAAAAAUAAAUAAAAAGCCAUGCCACUUGUCAACCUUCAUCCAACGAGAAAUCCUCAAUUUGGCUACUCCAGCACACACUGUGCAUCCAUCAAACCAAAGUAUGGCCAUUUUUAGAUGUGUCGAUGUCAACAACAAACAUUAAGUCCUGCAUUGAAAGUGAAAGAUACUGUGUGGUUGAUAUAUGCUUGAAUCUUCUAUUUAUAUUCCAUAGAUUUGUUCCAGCACAAUCUGGCUUGACAUUAGCAUGAACCUUCGCUGUGCCUUUUUCUCUCUCAACAUUUAUUAUAUAUUCCAUACGCGCUGUGUAUAUACUACGCAAAUAAAUAAAUACAAUUAUUUGGGAAUAGGGUUUAGAUUGAAGCCAUUAUAACUGAUUAUGCUUACUAAUCCUGUUUUGCUCAAUAAACAUUUGUUAUGUAUUUGGGAACCAAAAGAAAAAAAUGAGUAGAAACAGAUUUCCCACAUUUUAGGCCUUCUUGUUUUCUGUGUGAAAUAAUUAAUUUAUUUGUGCAAAUGGUACUGGAUAUCUUCACUGCAAUGAUCUUCCCAACAGCCUUUUAUUUUUUUCAUUAAAAGUAUUUAAUACUUUCCUUUUUUGUGCACUCUUUAGAUAAUGUGAAUGUGGCAUUUGUGAACCAAGAUCCUUUCAAUUUUAAAGGGAAUAUUUAAGAUGUUGUUAUUUCAGGAUUUGGUUGUCCAUUUAGAAAGUGAGAGACGUUUUUUUUUUUAAUGGAACUUUAUUUACUUUUUUAAGUAUGUAACUCUUUGCAUAUUUUGUUUGUUUGACGCUUGUCUCGAUGCAACUGUAAUGACCAUUUUCAAAUAAAUACUUUUAGAAUCAA